CCGCCCGCCCGCGGCCGCCCGGGAGCUCGUCCAGCCCCGCGCUCCGCUCGCCCGCCCGCCGGCCGCCGCCAGCGCCUGUCCGCCUGCCGCCCGCGCUCGCCCCGUCGCCGCCCGCGCCCGCCCCCGCGGCUCUACGGCCCGGUCAUAGAUCACAGAAACUCAGAAGACAAGCACCAAUUCUCUUACCAUGUCGUACAGACGAGAACUAGAGAAAUACCGUGACCUGGAUGAAGAUGAAAUCCUCGGAGCCCUCACGGAGGAAGAGCUCAGGACCCUGGAAAAUGAGCUGGAUGAGCUGGACCCUGACAAUGCACUGCUGCCUGCGGGCCUGAGGCAGAAGGAUCAGACCACCAAGGCGCCCACGGGCCCCUUUAAAAGGGAGGAGCUCUUGGAUCACUUGGAAAAGCAAGCAAAGGAGUUUAAAGACCGAGAAGAUCUGGUCCCCUACACAGGGGAAAAGCGAGGAAAGGUCUGGGUCCCCAAGCAGAAGCCGAUGGAUCCUGUGCUGGAAAGUGUGACCUUGGAGCCAGAGCUGGAGGAGGCGUUGGCGAACGCCUCAGAUGCGGAACUCUGUGACAUCGCAGUGUUUCUUGCCAUUUCCAUGAGCAAAAACUCCUGGGCUGUGGAAUGUCCAUGCUCCGGAGGCUCUUCUGUUGCAAAGAGGCGAGGCACGGGCCCUUCCCCUGUCCCCGCAGCUAUCCUGGGCAUGCACACGCUCAUGAGCAACCAGCAAUACUACCAGGCCUUGGGCAGCAGCUCCAUCGUGAACAAGGAGGGACUCAACAGCGUGAUCAAACCGACACAGUACAAGCCUGUGCCCGAUGAAGAGCCAAAUUCAACAGACGUUGAGGAAACCCUGGAGCGGAUAAAGAACAAUGACCCCAAACUUGAGGAGGUUAACCUCAACAAUAUCCGGAAUAUCCCCAUACCCACUCUCAAGGCGUAUGCAGAAGCCCUGAAAGAUAACUCAUAUGUGAAGAAGUUCAGCAUCGUGGGAACACGGAGCAAUGACCCUGUGGCGCAUGCCCUUGCGGAGAUGCUCAAGGUAAAUAAGGUGCUGAAGACGCUGAACGUGGAAUCCAACUUCAUUUCCGGAGCCGGCGUCCUGCACCUGGUGGAAGCUCUUCCAUACAACACUUCUCUAGUGGAACUGAAAAUCGAUAACCAGAGCCAGCCUCUGGGCAACAAAGUGGAAAUGGAGAUUGUGAGCAUGUUGGAAAAGAACGCAACGCUUCUCAAAUUCGGCUACCACUUUACCCAGCAGGGGCCCCGGCUGCGGGCGUCCAACGCGAUGAUGAACAACAACGACCUUGUGAGGAAGAGGAGGCUCGCAGACUUGACUGGGCCCAUCAUUCCCAAGGUCCGAAGUGGCGUCUAGUGUGUGGAGGGGACGACCGUGCCUUUGAACUGCAUAAGUUCUACUGAUAAUCUGUGCUCUGCAGUGGAAACCAGAAGGCAAAAUGCCGGCACAAAACCCUUUCAUGGUUCAGUUCUUUAUGCACUAAGGUUUUAGGUUAACUAGUGGUUGUAGUUGGAAAUUUUAUAAACUAUGGUUAAUGUGAAGUUUUUCUUUAGUCAUAGAAGUUCAGUCUGGUUAUUAUUUAAAAACUAAGAAGAUCCCCAGCCGACAGAUCUUACUGGAGAUGUUCUAGCAGCAGGACUUAGCCCUGGGAGCCCAGUUUCGGUGGCCUUGCUGCAUGGUGUUUCAGGGGUAUUUAGAAUGUGUAACACAGGAACAAACAGCCCACUCUUCCGCAUGGUGGGGAAGCAUUAUAAAAUACUUUAUUAUGAAUUUAAUCUUAGGUAUUUAGCAAACAGAUCAUCAUUCUUUAUUAGCCCUCCUUUAAAUUUGAAGAACCUCAAGAUUAAAGUUGCCAAAUUGAUUACUGGGUCAGGAACACAAUUUUGCCCUUCAAGAAAGAGAGACUGAAGCCACAGAGCUCUGCCAGGAAUCCAGGAACGUGAGAUUCCUUUUGCUGGAUACAAGGAAAUGAUGAAAAAGCCAACGGUGAAAUUUCAAGUUUCAAAAACCAUCCUUUCUUUACCAAUCCCAGGCAACAAACAUUUCCCUGAGUGUUCUUUAUGAACAUCUGGGAUCUUUUUAAAGUUUAAUAUUGGAAUCGGAAAGAAUUUUUUUCCUUACUGAAUGCCAUCUGCAAUGAUGUGAAAACCUAUGGCCAAAUACUUGAAAAUACCUUUCCAUGUUGCACAGUGGUCCAAUGGCUUAUGUGAGGUAAAACACUAGAGUGAAAUUUCUAGUCCAUCGUAGCUCUGCUUACAGACUCCAACCAUGUGUCACAUCACUUAUUAGACAAGUCACCACUGAUCUCAUGCAUGUAAAUUAAGCCUCUGAAAGCCAAUGGUGAAGAAAAUCCAGGUGUUAAAGAAUUAGGAAACCCUGGCCAAACCAUCCCAAGAUGAUUAUUCUGAAAAUGUAAUAAUGGUGUUUCUGCCAGAUCCCUUUUUAACAUCAUGUGUAUCUCUUGGGAUCCAGCAAAAAUGUUAAGCCACAAUGCCCUUGUGCCUUUUAAUAUACCACAGUGCCAGUUAAACUAGCAUUUCUGUUGCUUGGGAGUUAUUUUCAUGAGUGAUUCAGCAAAUCUUAUGAUAAAGGACAGGCCAAAGAGCUGACGAGCACAGACUAAGCUGCGGAGCACUGAGCAGAGGCUUCUGACGAAAAAGGACAAGUCUUGCACACUGAACUGUAAUGAUGUGGCUGGUACAGGGUAACCAGAGGUGGAGCCAGGGCCUCACCACUAUGGAAGAGUGUCUACCAAGGCUGCAGAUGGGCCCGGGCGUGGCACCACACUGUUGGGAUGGCCAACCCCACUAGGCUUCUCCUUGAGACACACCUGCAGCUGUAUUCUGCAUCACUGGAAACUGCAAUAUAAUAUUAAAUCUGUUGGUCUAUG